AUGCGAAUGAAAUUCCGUUUGAGAAAAAAAGCACCAGCGGGAUUUUAUGAUGUGUCCAAGGAAAAACGCAUGGCGAGCAAAGGUAUUGACCCGAAACGUGCAAUUCUGCAAUUGGAUCAGCUUGAAGGUGUAAGACGUGAUACGCAAGAGAAAAAAGAGCGCGCACAGGAUGCAAAGAGACAAAAAACACUCAUGAAGUCCAAUCUACCCCAGAUCAUUGCGGCAGUGAAUGAGAAAAACGAUCCAAUUCAUGCCAUUAAACGCACUCCGCUAGAACUCCCUGCUCCUGUGAUUUCCAACGACGAGUUAAGUGAUCUCGCAAAACUAGGCAUGCAUGCUACCCAUGCGGCUGCGCUCGCGCUAGAAAAUGGCUCGGCCUCCGAGACGCGUGCUCUCAUGGGUGACUACAGUGCCACCCCGCUUCGUUCUGUCACUCGAGGAGACGCAACGGCUACACCGUUAAUUCGAGACGUGCACGACAAUAUUAUGCAGGAAACGGCAAACCUGCUAGCCAUGCGGAACAGUGCUACUCCUCUUCUAGGUGGUGAAAACGUCGAGCUAUACGAGGGAACGGGUUAUGCUGGGGCGACUCCGUCACGUACACCCUCGUCAGCUGUUGCUAGUGGUGCGAGUGCCAAAACAUCGAUGUCUGCGACGCGUACGCCUCUGCGUGACGAGCUAGGUAUCAAUCCGGAGCAUCUGUAUGGCACAGAAGCUGAGAACGCCAGUGCAGAAAAAGCUCGAACGAAGCGGUUGGCCAGCAGCCUUCGUCAAAGUUUAAAUAGCUUGCCCGCGCCACAAAAUGAGUACGAGAUCAAUGUUCCGGAGAAAGAGGAAGCUGAUGACGAUCGUGCCACUGCUCUUCGGGAGGAGGAUGCUGGAGAGCAAGAAGCUCGCGAGCAACAGCAGCGCGAGCUGGAUCGAGAGCGCGAACUCAAGCGACGGUCCACAGCUGUGCAAAAGAGUCUUCCUCGUCCUUCGAAGGUGAAAAAGGUGUUGAUUCACAGCGCGGUGAGCGAGGUCGCGGAUGAAAUGUACCGCAUGCUAGAACAUGAUGUUACCAAAUAUCCAGUGGACGAUGGCAAGUCCAAGAAAAGCAAGAAGCGCAAAACAUCCUCCAGCGCUGGUGCAGUGCCGCACCUGCAGCAACUCUCGGAUGCUGAAAUGGAACGUGCGCGGCAAAUGGUACAGAUUGAAGCCAGUCUAUGUGGCAUGGACGAGAUGUGGAAGCCCAAAGAUGCUUUAAAUCUAAGUGCGGAGUGGACAGAAGUGCAAGCGCGUUAUUUGAGCAAAGCGGAGGGUGAUGGAACAAGCGGCGUAUUUUUUCAGUUUGCUUCAUCCACUGACGACAAGUUGCGUGCCGUGCAAGCUUGUUUUGCAGAGCUAAAGGAAACUGAGCAACUCCUUACCAAACGCGCGCAGAAGCUCAAUGAACGUGCGCAAAUCGUAAACGGUGGAUUGUACCGCCGCUUGAAGCAAGGCCUGGAGACGCUGCAUGACCACGUGACAGAGCUUCAAAAUGCUGCGAUUGAACAGGCGUGCUUUGAGAAUUUGUCAAGUCUUGAGACCCGGGCUUUGCAAAGUCGCAUGACACGGCUGGCGAAUGACGUGAACUCGCAACAGCUGGUUGAAGUCAAAUUGCAGAAACAGUAUGCGGCGCUGCUUCAAGAGCAACAAUGGUAA